GAGAAGAGAUACUUUGUUUGACAUUGAAUAUCAAGUUGUCGUGUGGCAGCCGAGACCACCAAAGAUACAAUGGGAAUAGGGAAAAAAAAACAAAUUAAAUAAUAAUAAUAAUAAUAGAAAAAAAGGGUUUGGUUAUUUCGCCAGCUAUCCAUCACAGGCUGGAGGAGAUGACAACAUCCGGAAUUACGCACUCGACAGCCCAACCUCUAUAGAUGGUGAUGGGGGGGAAACCUGCUGCUGCUGCUGGCUGGCUGGCUGUCAUAUGUAUUUGCUACAACGUGAGAGAACCAGGACGAGCGGGCAGGACGCGUGUAGCGUUUUCCAAUUCCUGAAAUUCAGUCGACGGGUCCCGAGAAUCUCCACCAUCAAUUUGUUAUCUUCUUGAUGGGCGCUGGACGUUCUCGUCGCCAGCAUUUCUCUCCUAUAUAUUUUACCCCAUGAAUGGACAAAAUGGGAAAAAAUCUAGAAGCCGGACAGGCAUCUCUCAGCUGCAGUUAAGUAUUAAGCACAGAAGCGCCUCCUCGCCAUCAAGCAAGCGGAGGAAAACACAUCGAUCCAUUAUCAUCCCAUCAGUCAGAUCCGGUUGAGAGUCGCGCGGGGUUGGACUUGGUCGCCAGGAGUCGACCAGUCGUCACGAUAUAAUAGAAACCUAAUGGGCCUCUUUUCUUUUUCUUAUACCUUUUUGUUCUUCUUAGCUUCUUCUUCUUGUCAUUUUCUGAAUUGUUAAAAAGCUCUCGAAUUGUUACAGCCGCCCAAAAUGCUCCUUCUUCUCGGAUCGUCGUAUUAUUUAUAGAGACGCAACAGGAUCUAGGAGCAAGAUGGUGGGUCCCCCCCAUCAUCGUUCACUCUGCGGAUUCCUCGUCCGCGUUGACCCACAGAGCUGGGGGGAGAGAGACUCUGCGAUCUAUGGCCGUUCAUUCAUCAACGACGAUUUCUCUCCAGCUCUUCUCUGCAGGCUGUCCGGCAGCUCCUAGCGCGUUGUUGUUGACGAGUUGUCAUUCGUCGUUUGGGAGCCAUUUUUCUCGGUGACUGAUGGCCAGUUUCGUCCUUAAAGUUGCCCCCCCCCCCAAGUCUCUUUUGAAUAAUGUCCCCAAAGACGGAUCUGCGCCGAGACUGAUAUCUCCCAAAUACUUGUGUGUGAGCUAUAAGGCAAGAAGAUAUCAUAUACAUAUUCUAUUCAACAGCUACUGCUAUUCAUCUUGGCCAUUUGUCCACGUCGUCAACCGAGCAGACGACCAAAUUCAGAUCCCUUUGGCUGCCCACAAAUACAAAAAGGGGGAUAUGACGAGUGGUGUGGUGGUUGGUGGCCCAUCAUCGCCGUUCUGUCAAACAAUCGACGAGAUGACCGCACUUUUCAAACUUCACGAUUCACCAUCGAGAGUCAUUUGUCUCCGAUACGGACAACACGACGAUACAACGGCGCGCGAUUGCGGAUAAAAUGUCCUUCGUUCAGGACAUUUUAUAUCAUAGAUCGUCCGGUUAACUUUUUUCCUUUUUUUAUUUUAAAUCGAUCGACGCUUGACGUGUGACCCACUUUGCAUACAGAAAGAAAAAUUAUUUUAUUUUUUUUAGGGGGGUUUCAAACCACUUAAUUCGGGAGCGUUUAAAAUUCCCGCGAAGAAGAGAAUUUUUGUUUUCCGACGUUGGAAUUCCAACGAAUACACACACACACACACACCGCGCGCGUGAAUAUGAAUGGGCGAAAGAGUAAUUUGAAGAAGAGAAAAUGAAUAAGAAAGGAUAUAUAUGUUGUGAGCCAGCCCCAGCGGAAUGCCAACGACCGCCUUAUUGCUGCUCCUCCUCGCCCUGGAACUCAAAAUGCUGGAGCUAAAGAAGAAAAAAAAAAAGUCUAUAAUAUAACAUGGAUGUUAUCUAACGACGUGUGUGCAGCAACAGAAUGGAGGGACUGCUUUGCAUCUCUGCCAAAACAGAAAGAAAAAAUCUGUAAUUAUAUAGCAACAGCGUGUGGCGGCAAGAAAGCCAUUAGACUCGUCUAGUCGUCGUCGUCGUCGAUGGUGGAGAAAAGAAGAAGAAAAACGGAUCGCCGCUGCUCCAAAUACCACACGCCAUUUCUUUUGUUUUUGCACGGAUCUUGCUGCUUCAAGUCUAUAAGCCAAUCGUAGAUGAUAUCCGCGCGCUAUUAUUUAUCACAAGUCCGGGUCAGGAAUCCCUUUUUGAUUUGGACCAAUCGACCAGUGCGGAGAGGUACUCUACUGUGUGUUGAGUGUAUAGUGUACUGGGUUCAAAAGGGGCCAAUAGGGUACAGGCCUUUUCGUGUGCUCUCCGUCGACUGUUGUGUGUGUUGCUGCUGCUGUACAUCCAUCCGAGGAGGGAGGGGAGGAAGAAGGAGGAGUGUUGGGGAAGUUGGAUGGCCUCCCCCCAUCUUCCUCUUCUCUCUCUCAGCUCUGCUCAGCUCAGCUCAGCUAUAUAUAUUACAAGCUGCAAAGUCUUCAGAGUGGACAAUCGACUCCAUGUACCGCAUAGUAGAGCUUCACACUUUGUUGACCUCCCCCGGAGAAGUUAAUAGUGCGCCAUUGACUAAGACGACGACGACUCCGAGAUUAUAGCGUUGCGUUCGUUCACACAUCACACACGUUUUAUUCCAUUCAUUCCGGAGCUUUUUCGUCAACGCAGAAAAUAAAAAUCCUGAAAGAAAUUCGAGCACCAAAUUCAAAAAAAGGAAAAUUUAAAACAACAAAAAAGAUGAACCCGGUUGUUGUUCUCCUGCUGGUCCAGUUGGUAGCCGCUCAACCUGUCGCCUUGCCGAACCCAUUCGCUGGAUGGAACACCAAGCCGUCCAGCAGUAAAGUUUCCGUACUGGACACCCAACCGCUCAGCAGGACUCGAAGCCUACCCCAAACGUCACAAUCAACAAAUGGCAAUCAUGCAGGUCCGGUCAACACUAAGAAUGGCGGCACUUUCGAUAAAGUGGGCAAAAUAAUUACGACGACCACGACGACCGAGCCUUCAACUCAACAGGCCACUGUUGACAUAGAGACAUUGCCAGGAUUUUGGUUGAAAGAUCCCAGCAGGAUCGAAGAAACGACUGGGUCAUCCUACGAGGUCGAUUACCGCACCGAACGGUACCGACUGGACGAUCUUCUACUGUUGAACAAGAGGCGCAAAAAUGGAUAUGUCGGACACCACCACGAAGAUGAGAAGACCCAUUAAAAAUAAACCAGGAAUUCCGAUGGCGUAACAUUCGGAGAAAACUGCAAAAAAGAAACUAACCUCUCAAAACUCCAUUCCGGAUGAGCACCACACACACAAUAAUCAACUCAAAAACAUUAAUUUGGUUUUUUUAACACGUUUUGUUUUGUUUCGUAUACGGGCAAAGGUAAGAGAGUAUAAUAACUUACCGUUUCAGGAGGUUAUGACCGCGCCCGCCUAUGGAAAAACGGUCAUCAUUUCCCUCCCCACCCCCUCCCACCCUCCCUCUGGAAUGCUGGAAAAACAAAAAAAAAGAGCCUCUUCUAUAUAUCUACCUUCCUUACAUUCUUUACGUGCGUGCGUGUAGUAUGUAUAUGUGUGCGUGAGCGCGCGCGCUCGUUGUGUGUUCCAAAACAACAAAACAAAAAACGUAUUAUUUGCGGGAUAUAUCAUCAAUGUAAAUACAUUUCUAUUCGUUAUUGGA